UGAUAUUAGGCUUUAGACCAAUUUUACCUCAGAUUUAAGCCGUUGUCAUGGCGAGUAAAGGCUCGUGCGCCUGUCACUUGCUAGCUACUUUAGCUUCUUGGUGGUUUUAGUGCUAUUUAAGUGACACGUAGUUCACAUGAAGGCUAAAUACAGUACAUCGUUAAACACAAUAUAUUUUUAUGUUUCGCUUUAUAUAUAAAAAUAAAUGUAGUGGUAUUUUAUGCUAGAUUCACUAACGGUGUAAUGCUAAUGCUAACGCCUGCUAACAGUUUAGCUGAGUUUGUACACGUAGGCGAAACCGCUCAUGUUUAGCCACAAGCUAAAAUUACUAUUUAAGUCAUAUAUAACAUCAUAUAAACUAUAUAACAUCAUAUAAACUAUAUAAUACAUUAUACGGAUAUCAUUAACCUGGUGACUGAGGUGUCAUUGGGGGCCUCUGUGUGUUAAACAUUAGCUGUGAAGCGGUAGGCCUGACUGAAGCCUCGGCCUGGCGUGAUGUCGGAGCCGAAAACGGCCGCUCCGGCGCCCGGUGACACCUACAAGGGCUGGCUGUUCAAAUGGACCAACUACAUCAAGGGAUACCAGCGGCGAUGGUUCGUGCUGAGCAACGGCCUGCUGUCAUAUUACAGGACCCAGGCAGAGAUGGGCCACACAUGUCGUGGCACUAUAAAUCUGGCUACAGCCAACAUCACAGUAGAGGAUUCAUGUAACUUUGUGAUCUCAAACGGUGGUGCACAGACAUAUCACCUUAAGGCGAGCUCGGAGGUGGAGCGACAGCGCUGGAUCACGGCCCUGGAGCUUGCGAAGGCAAAAGCUGUGCGCAUGCAUGCAGAGUCAGAUGACUCUGGGGACGAGUGUGCCUCCUCUCCACCGAUGGCAGGUCAAGGUGUUGGGAGUCGUAACUCAGAGGUCCAGUCUACGCUUAGAACUCUGGGAAGCAAAGUGGAGGACCUCAGUACAUGCAACGACCUCAUUGCCAAACAUGGCUCUGCCCUCCAAAGGUCUUUGUCCGAGCUGGAGAGCAUUAAACUGGGUGGAGAGACGAGUGAUAAAAUCCGGCAGGUGACGGAGAGGGCCACUCUGUUCCGCAUAACAUCUAAUGCCAUGAUCAAUGCAUGUCGGGACUUCCUGGCUUUGGCUCAGGCUCACAGUAAGCGGUGGCAGAAAGCUCUUCAGGCUGAGCGCGAGCAGAGGGUUCGUCUUGAGGAGACACUGGAGCAGCUGGCCAAGCAGCACAAUCAUCUGGAGAGAGCAUUCAGAGGAGCAACCGUGCUGCCUGCCUCAUCCAGUAACACCACUGCGGAUAGCAAGGGCUCAGCUGCAGCAAAGGGUGACGCCAGUGAUGAUGAGGAGAACGAGUUUUUUGAUGCAUAUGAGGAGUUUAUCACCGUCCCAGCUGACCCCAAAUACCACAGGAGGUCGGGCAGUAAUAUCAGUGGGAUCAGCAGUGAGAUGGGGAUGGAUGACGGCACCACAUCGUUGGAUGAGCAGUCUCUAAUGUCCAGUGCGGAGUCUCCUCAGUCUCAGGAGGUGGAGCCCGUGAGGAAGAGGCGAACCCGUAUCCCAGACAAACCCAACUACUCUCUCAACCUCUGGAGCAUCAUGAAGAACUGCAUUGGCAAAGAGCUCUCCAAAAUCCCCAUGCCUGUGAACUUUAAUGAGCCGAUCUCCAUGCUGCAGCGUUUGUCGGAGGAUCUAGAGUACUCUGAGCUGCUGGACCGAGCCGCUAAGUGCCAGAGCUCACUGGAGCAGCUUUGUUAUGUAGCGGCCUUCACAGUGUCGUCUUAUUCUACUACCGUACACCGUACAGGAAAACCAUUCAACCCUCUGCUGGGAGAAACGUUCGAGCUUGACCGCCUGCAGGAGAGUGGUUACAGAUCCCUCUGUGAACAGGUGAGUCAUCAUCCUCCUGCUGCAGCUCAUCAUGUCAUCUCUGAGCGAGGCUGGACCCUGAGGCAGGAAAUCACUGUGGCCAGCAAGUUCAGGGGCAAAUACCUCUCUAUCAUGCCUCUCGGAUCUAUUCACUGUAUGUUUGAGAAGAGUAAUAAUCACUACAGCUGGAAGAAGGUGACCACAACCGUGCACAACAUCAUUGUAGGAAAGCUGUGGAUAGACCAGUCAGGAGAGAUUGAUGUGAUAAACCACAGAACAGGAGAUCGCUGCCACCUGAAAUUUGCUCCUUACAGCUACUUCUCCAGAGACGUGGCCAGGAAGGUUACAGGUGUGGUGACAGAUAAGGAUGGUAAAGCUCACUAUGUGCUCUCUGGGACAUGGGAUGAGAAGAUGGAGUAUUCUCGUGUAAUGCAGAGCAGCCGAGGAGGAGAGAACGGGACAGAGGGACGCCAGAAAACUGUCUACCAGACGCUCAAAGCUCGAGAGCUAUGGAAGAAAACUCCUCUGCCAGAUGGAGCAGAGAACAUGUACUACUUCUCUUCACUGGCAUUGACACUGAACGAACCUGAGGAGGGCGUGGCCCCCACAGAUAGCCGGCGACGCCCAGAUCAGAGACUGAUGGAACAGGGGCUUUGGGAUGAAGCCAAUGCUGAGAAACAGCGGCUAGAGGAGAAACAGCGCACUGUGAGGAGAGAGAGAGAGAGGGAGGCGGCUCAGCUCGCCACUACUGAAGACAGUGAGGCUCUCAUUGAGGACUCCAUAACUGACUCGCCUCUAAAAAGCGUCCCACAGGAUUCCUACAAGGCCCUUUGGUUUGAUCAGCAUGAAGACCUGACGACAGGAGAGCUCACACAUGUCUACAGGGGGGGGUACUGGGAGGCUAAAGAGCAGGGCGACUGGCACUUCUGCCCUGAUAUUUUCUGAGUCAGCAGCCUGUCUGGACUGGACUGUUCCUGCAACCUUUAAAGCAUACAUCAAUUUGGCCUGCUUUCUCUCCCCUAUGUUGGGAAGCUGGAUGCUUGUAUGAACUUCCACAUCUGUCUUUUCUCAGAAACAUUAGAUCAACCCCCCACCAUACCCCCCACACCACCGUGCAAAGGAAAUACCAGAGGGCAGACCGGACCGUCGCCCCACACCCUGCUGUGAUUUCCUGUUCACUUCCUUUUCUGUCCGUCAGUGUUAAUGUCUCUGAAGGACUUGUCUUCCACAGGGGGCGUGGCCUAUCGGGGCAUGACAUAUUCAGGCAGAUUCUAGACAGAUUAGUUUGAUCUACAUUAAACAACCUGAAGAUAAUGAAGGAUGAUGAGGUUUUUGGCUUUAAUGGGUCGAGGUUUCUGUUUUUCACACAAUCAUAUGUUAAAUAAAUAAAUAAAUACACACAUUUCUGUUCCCACAUGGUAUAGAAACACAACUUGCACUAAAGUGUGUAGCAGAGUUACACAAAAACUAGUGCCUGUGUGGAGUCACAUACACACUCCCUUCAUGUUCACACUACUGAGCACAUCGGGGUGUGAGUGAGUGAGCAAGCGAGUGAGUGUGUGUGAGCGAGCGAGUGAGUGUGUAUGAGCGAGUGACAGUGUGUGUGUGUGUGAGAGUGACAGUGUGUGUGUGUGUGAGAGUGACAGUGUGUGUGAGAGUGAGUGUGUGUGAGAGUGUGUGAGAGUGAGUGUGUGUGUUCUAAAAGGCCAGGAGGGAGCUCUUCAUAUCAACUCACACGUGUGUGUUUUGAGAUUUAUGGUAUGUUCUGUUUGGUUAAUUGGGGAAAUAGAGAUCAUUUUAUUUUGAAGUGUACUUACAUAUGAACACUGAAUAAACUCACAAUGAUCGUGUGUGUGUCAGAUAAUUAACACUGGGAGUUUAGCAGCAUGGGGAGUGGGACAUGUUUUGAGGGACAGAAUGAUGUGGUGUUGAAACACAAUAGUUUAAUGUUUAUUUCUGUUUAAAACUACAGGAGUGCCCUAACCUCGUGUUCAGGGACACACACACGUACUAACUUUUAGUGUCUUUUCAAUCUUACUUUAAAUCUCAGUAGAAUUGUUUCAAAUCUUUAUAAUUUUUGGUGUAAUCUUUAUUUUCCUAGCUGUAAAUUGUUGGAAAUGUUCCCUAUUUGCCUUGUUCUUUCUUUUUUUUUUUUCUUUUUUGGGUUCUUGACCUCUGCUGUAGACUGAGCGUAGAAAUGCUGCAGGAUGUAAUAAAAUCAGACUGAAACAAA